AUGAAUAAUCCUACUGUUCACGAUUUCCCAAGAACGCUAUUACACCUGGGACGGGAAACAAUACAUCCGCCUCAGAAAAACUUGUCUCAGAUUCGAUAUGGUAAGAACGCGGGAAACCGACCGCGCAAGAGAGAAGACGCACAACAGAUCUCGCCCCGGACAGAACAAGCCGUGAUGAGUAACAUACAACGCUCUAGUCCCGUAAGCGACCGCGUUUGGGCACAAGCUGUUCACGCCGUAAUCAACCGCCGCAUGUCGCUAUGUCAAGCUUCACAAGCAUAUGGCCUCCAACAGGCAGCACUCCAUCGUCUCGUUCGUCAACAUACGCUGCAGCAUCUACGCCAUUCUCCGCGGCAGUCCGCCACCAGCCCAAACAACAUCGAUGAGCGACGCUUCGCGCUACCAGUCGCUAACAGCAGUGGCGUGUCAUCUAACGAUAGCUACGUAUUUCCGCGCCUUAAUCCACAGGCGCUCGACCAACGCAGCCCAAAUGGUAGACAGUUGCCGAGCGUGGUUCCUAUGACUUCCGUCAUGACACCGCCACCACCAUUUUGUGAGCUCACGCCCGAGCUCAACAACGAAAUCAUGUUUGUACUACGUGAGCGAUUCUCACAGCAGUAUGACAACUACGCGAUCAACGAUGAACGCUUUAACCGAUUUGAAGGCUACACGGACUCCGACAUUAUUAACAUUGUGCGCGGAAUUGUUAGCCAGAAUGGCCGAUCGCUACCAUCGAAAUUUCCGUCAACUUGCUGGCUUUCCAUGUUCAAGCGCGAAAACGACCUCGUCAAUGUGGACGAGAUGGAUGAUGCUAAUAGCAGGAGUAGAACUGACAGUGGUCACAGCUUAAAAAGCCUGCUCACGUCACAACAGCUGCCUCAGGAUCGGUACAAUCGAAGCUGCGAGCAAGAACAACAAUCUUUUGGUUUUCAACGCGGAGGUGAUACGCAGCGAUGGAUCCAGAGUCCCAGCUAUCGUCAGCUAAGUAGUUUGUCUCCGACUUCCCCGCUGGGGCAAAAACCGGUGCACCUUCGUAAUUUAUACGCUUGGGAAGACGUUAAUGGGGUUGGCAGCUCCAUUCAUCAACAGCAUGUAUGUUCACCUCAACAGUCGCAUCAAUCAACAGAAGAAAUCGAGUAUCAUCGAAAGCUAAGCUCUGAAUACAGUAACGACCGUACGGGCAAUAGUUCUAUCGAUCGCAACUACCGUCAGAGCAACUUGGUACCCGCUAAAGUUUGGGAAGCCGCUAUGGAAGAUGUUGCUAUUCAUGGAAUGAGUCUGCGUAACGCUGCUAAAGCGCACGGAGUGCACUUCGCAGCACUUCAUCGGCGUUUAAAAAAGCGCCAGCAGCAUAAGCUCAAUGCACCCUGUGAACCCAAUUACAUUCCAUUUGAAGAUGAGGCCGGGGUUAUUCGAGUGAUUCACGCACGUGCUGACAUGGGUGUAUUGCUGACUUUCACCGAGCUGGUCGAUCUUCUCAAACGAACAGCACUGAAGCAUCGCUCGUCGCUACCGGAAAAUGUCGCGACUGCGCUUGUGCGCAAAUUCCAAUCUCGCGUAGAACAGUCCGUUCGCCACCUCAUUAUUGACUGGCCGAAUUCACCAAACAACGUACUGUAUCGCUUACGUGACACCAGUAGUAGUGAAGCCGAUAAUGAUGAUAUGAACGGUGGUCUGCAUGUUGUCAGGGCUAGUACACCUUCCAGUAUCAGUGGAACUAGUGGUGAAAGCGGUUCCUCAUCAUCAUCGGGGUCAUCGCCAUUGUCCUCUUCAAAUACGCAAUUAUCUACAUCUUUGCCGGUAAUGCAGAAGUGUUGGGAUAGCGCUGCACCGCCGCGAGUGAAUUUAACCACCAGCAACAAUCCCAGCAGUGCCAAUAGCGUGGAGACUGAUAAUAGUAGCAACGAUAGCAGUGGAAACACUUCCUCCGACAACGUAUCACCCGACGAAAAUGAAGCGUCGCGGAACAAGCCGUGCAUGAUUCUUCGCCUGUAG